GCUUGUCGCAGUGUCUAGCGUGCUUGCCGCUGACAAGGGCGCGGAGCGAUGCCUGCCUGGCAGCUAAACGGGGAGAGAGGAGCUUCCCGGGAUCGUUUCCCCCUCCCUCCGCGACCAUGGCGGGCUGUUUAGCGCGCGAGCCCCUGCGCUGAGAAGUUGUCGCUGCCCUCCCCGUCAUGAAGAAGGGUCGCCCUCGGGGAGAAAAAGCGGGGCCCUCGGGGCUCUCAGUUCCCCGGAACCUGGAGCAGCCCACCCGGGUCCCCUUAGAUGCUUCAAAGAGGAGAGCCUAUGCGGCGGCGGCAGGGGGCAGUGCGAGAGAAGCGGAAGAAGCGGGUCCAGGCAGCGCCGCCUGUAGGGAGCCGUCAGAAAAGGAUGUCAUAACAGAAUCCAUUUCUUUGCGCUGCCGAAAAUUCAGCAAUCCUGACAUCUUUUCAUCUAGUGGAAAAAGUAAACUCCAGCGACAACUGAGCCAAGAUGACUGCAAGCUGCGAAGAGGUAGUUUAGCCAGCUCUUUAUCAGGAAAGCAGUUACUUCCAUUAUCCACAAGUAUGCAUAGUGGAGUGGCACACACAUUCGGACAGCCAUCUGGGGAAUCAUCAAAUCUGGUCCGCAUGAGAAAUCAAUCAUUAGGACAAUCUGCUCCAUCACUUACAGCUGGUUUGAAAGAGCUUAGUCUCCCUAGAAGAGGAAGCUUAAUCUCCUCUCCUUUCCUCUCCCACUGCCGAGGAAGCGAUGUCCAUCAACAUAUGUUCUCCCCUACAUCUGCUCCAGGUCUGCAACAUCUUAAAAUUCCACUUAGUGCUGAUUGUGCAACCUCUCCUCUAGUAUUUUACCUCAACCCACAACCUCAAAGCAACCCUGGUAGUCCCUGCCACAGCAGUCCACUUCAGUGGAGGUAAGGAGGAACUUACACUGGGAGCGUUUGUGGUUUGGGCAUCCUUUUAUGUGGAAUAUUUUAAAUAUUUUAAAGCACUUUUUAACAUUCAAGAUACUAUUGUAUUCACAUAGCUAAUGCUAAGGUAAUGUCCAAUUCAUUUAUCCAGUUGCUCCUCUUAUUUUACCAAAUAAUAAAGGCAUCUUGGUCAGUGACGGAUUAAAGCUCACUGGUGGCCUAAGCACUGACAAAUCUUGGUGACUUCUUCCUUUAUACAUACUGUACAAAUCUUCAUUGGUUUUUUUUCUUUCUCAAUUUUGUGGUGUCUCCUUUGAGUCUCGUGCCUUAAGCACAUGCUUAGUCUGCUUAAUGGUUAAUACACCGCUGAUCUUGGGCCAGACAUGUAUACCAAAGGUUUUGUUGAUUCACAUGGUUUCAAAUGUUAAAGGUAUAAAAUUAAAGAGGUGUUUCGAUGCAGAUCUGAGUAACAAA